AUGCCUAAUAUUGCUUUCAUACACCCAGAUUUGGGAAUUGGAGGUGCAGAGAGAUUGGUUGUAGAUGCUGCUAUGGCUCUCAAGACCCAGCCAAACGACUCUGCCAACUCCGUAUCUAUCUUCACGUCACAUUGUGAUCCUGACCAUUGCUUCGAAGAAGUGUCCCGUGGCGAGUUUGACUUACAUGUUUACGGCGAUUACUUACCAACUAACGUUGCUGGAAAACUUAGCAUUGUUUUUGCUUUUCUUAGGCAACUUUACUUGGUCCUGAAGAUGAUAUUUCUCGGAGAAUUGGGCCAAUAUGACUUGAUAGUCGUCGAUCAAUUGGCCUAUUGCAUUCCAUUGUUGCACCUACUCAAACGCCAUGAUGCCAAGAUCCUAUUCUAUUGCCAUUUUCCUGAUAAAUUACUUGCAUCUCACAAUGGUUUCCUUCGAAGUCUCUAUAGAGCUGUCUUUGAUUCCAUCGAGGAGUGGACUACUUGUAAAGCAGACAAGAUCGUAGUAAAUUCCGAAUUUACUCGCAAAACCGUUCUUAACCAGUUCCAUAGCCUUGCAAAUGAGGCAUUGGAUGUUGUGUAUCCCUGUGUUCCUUCCGCUAUUGAUAUAGACAACAAGUCAGUCAUUGAGGCCGCCAAACUUGUUCAAAAAUCUCCUUUCUUUCUCUCCAUCAAUAGGUUCGAACGCAAAAAGCAUAUCGAAUUGGCUGUUCAAUCAUACGCUCUUUAUGUGUCUCAGACCGGUGAUUCGAGCCAGAAACUUGUGAUUUCAGGCGGCUAUGAUGACAGAAUCGCCGAAAACGUAAGUUAUUUGAAGGAUUUGGAGCAGCUUUGUGACCACCACAAACUUUCUCAUUUCACCAGCUUCAACGGGGACCUUUCAAAUGAGUCUGUUCAGGUUUUAUUCCUUCCCUCAAUUUCUACAAAUCUUAAGAAUGCUCUUCUCUUGAGUACGGACCUUCUUAUGUACACCCCAUCCUACGAGCAUUUCGGUAUUGUUCCAUUGGAGGCCAUGAGACUAGGUAAAUUGGUUCUAGCUGAUAACACCGGAGGGCCUUUGGAAACUGUAGUCAACUAUUUCGACCACAGAGACACAUAUACUGGCUUUACGGUGGAAGCAGACGUCGAAAAAUGGAGCGAUAUUCUUGAGUUGAUCAAGGGAUUCUCCGAUAACGAGCUGCAAGAGGUGUCUCUCAGAAAUAAACAAAGAAUCCAGGAUCAUUUCUCUUUCUUAGCACUGCGAAAAUCCCUUUAUAAGGCUAUCGACACCUGUGAGCCAAAAGCUUUUGUCUACGAGAAGUUUCUUCCCUACGUGGUAAUUGCGUCCAUUUUAACCAUAGCGGUUUAUAUAGCCAACCAAUAA